UAUUGUUAUUGAAUAGUGAGUCAAAAUGGGAGCCCGUUUCGCCAUUUUUAUUUACAUUUUGAUAGGCGGAACCUUUUCAGUUGACGCCGAAAACGAAACCGAAUUGUCUUUUCCUGAGCAACAAAUUGACGGAAGUGUCCUGAUAAAAAUUGGAGAUAAUAUGAACUCUCCUUUUAUGAAACUUGUUGGACAUGCAUUUCGAAACAUGGAACGCAAAAUAGAAAAACAAAUGUGCAAAACGUGUAGUGAAUGGUCACCGUGGUCUCUGUGUUCUGCAGUUGAAUCGGCAACGUUCGGUGUUAGGAGCAGGUCACGACCAUGCUGGUAUCAACAGAAAGACUGUGUUAAGAGCGGUAGGAAAACCUUUGAAAAUGAGACAGCGCUGUGUGAAGGAUUUUGCUCACCAGGAUUUAACUUUACCCAAGGUGGACUGUGCCUCAGCCUCCAUGUGUUUAAACUUGACAAGCAUUCAGCUGAACAGUCUUGCCAGAAGUACGGAGGUCAUAUCCUUAAUACCGAUACGGAAGAUCGAUGGAAUCAGGCGAUAGCAAUAGCCGCUUCUGAAAACAUCGACGUACUGUGGGUAGAUGGACAAAGAUCGCAGAAGGGAGGGGAAUGGAGCUUUAUUCACGGACACGAUCCGGAAACGAAUGGCGUGACCUCGAAAUGGCUUACCGGUGAACCGUCCAAUGGUUCGUCGGAACUCUGCAGAGUGAUUGACUUUGAACAGGGUGGCUACACUUGGUGCGAUAGAAGCUGCACCAGCGAGUACCCAUUCAUUUGUGAGAUUAGAUCCUAGACAUGCUAUCAUGCCAAUUGAGAAUAUAAGCAGUACUUCAUCAAAUAUUUUCUUUCUGAUGAGAUUGACAUUCUUGUGAAUGUUUAUAAGAAGUAUUAUAUUUCUCGAUAUUUUCUAUUCAACAGUAUAAUGUUUA